UCAAUCUUCAUCACUUACUUUCCCUUCCUCCUUAUUUCUUCGACUAGCAGAUCUCCUUUAGGGUGCCAGAGUCAAACCCGUUGACCAGAGAGGGUAGGAAAUGGCAAAUCAAGGUGCCAAGAAGCGCAAAGAAGAGAACACCCGCCACAUGGCCAAUCUUCGCCACCUCAUCAUUGCUUGUAACGUUGUAUACGUCUUGGUUAGGAUGCUGAUCUUCCAUUCCUCAUUCACAUGGAAACAUUGGGUUGGUCUACUUUUGACCUCUGUGGCUUACUUUAUACCCUAUCAACAACUUUCACAGAUGGCAAAACCUGCUUAUUCUGAUGAUGGGGAACUUCUUGACGGUGGAUUUGAUAUGAGUACUGGUGGAAUAUGUGGCUAUUUACAUGAUGUCAUCUACAUUACAAGUUUUGUGCAACUGAUGUCCAUCAUCUCUGACAAGUUUUGGUAUACAUAUCUUGUGAUACCGGCAUUUGGAGCAUACAAAUCUUUUGGGUUCAUUAGAGGUUUUCUAUCAUUAGGCUCAGAGGGAGAGGUGGAGGAUGAAAAGACUCGCAAGAAAAGAGAAAAGAUGGAAAAGAAGGCUUCAAGGCCAAAGUUGGUCAAGACAAGGAAUAGGUGAGUUUAACAGUGAAAUGAAGAGAGUAAGCACUUGGCUGAAAGUAGUUCAUUUGAUAAUUUCAGAUAUUUCUUUGAAAUUUGAAAAGUUAAGACCACAGUUUGAGGAAAGCAUGUUGUAGUGGUUAACGUGAGCAUCAAAUAGUUCUUCUGUUCCUAAUCGAUGUGUAAACCUGAGAAGCUUUAUCUAAUUCCAAGUGCCCCUUCUACUCGGAA